GCCAAGGUUUAUGUAUAUGUGGCCCAACAGUCGUAUUAGUGUGAUGGGAGGAGAACAGGCAGCUGGUGUGUUGGCACAAAUCACACGAGACCAAAGAAAAAGAGAAGGGAAGGAGUGGACAGAUGAAGAGGAGCAGGCUCUUAAGGCCCCCAUUAUAAAGCGCUUUGAAGCUGAAGGUUCUCCGUAUUUCUCCAGUGCACGGUUGUGGGAUGACGGUGUUAUCGACCCAGUAGACACUAGACAAGUUCUUGGCCUGUCUCUGUCAGCUUCCCUGAAUGCUCCAAUUCCUAAGACAGACUUUGGAGUUUUUAGAAUGUAAACAUAUUUGGUUGUCUUUCCUUAUUAGAUGUAGCAUAUUUUAUUGCUUAGGAAUUGGGGAAGGAAAAGUAUUUGUAUUUGUUCCGUUCAGGUGGUAGUUUUGAAGAACAGCAUCCUAAUGGGAGUAGGGUUUUCUUAUGAUAGUUUUCCAGGCAGAUUCUACAGGUCUUAUAUAUUCAAAAGUGAUAUUAGUUUAGUAUGAUUUGACAUCCAGUGUUUUUUAGAUUUUAUUUUGUUAAUGUAGUAGUAGUGAAGACUAAUUUUGAUAAUUCUUGUGUACAGUGUAACUAAAAGAAUGUACAUUGUUUUAAUGUAGUAUUAGUUAAAUAUUAGUUACAGCAUAAAUGAAGGUACAUAAUUUUGUAUUGCUGAAAGGUAGUUAUGGAAGUUUAGGUCUUGCAAAAUGUAGGUUUUGAAUGUCUUAUGAAAAAUGUAUAUAUAUGUAGUAUUAUGUAAUGUAAAGGAACUGUAGUGAUAUUUGGUAGCAUAUUUUUGGGGGUGUAGAUUAUUUGUACAAAACGUAGUUUUACUAACCAGUAUUGAUUUGCUUGACCAUGUAAGGUCUUCAUGUGUGCGAGUUGUAUGCUGUUACUUUUAUGAGAUGGAGAUUGGGUUGACAAAUAUAACUUUUCAGUUUGGCAUAAGAGUUUAAGUAUACUGCUGCUUGAUGGGAUGAAAUUCAUGCAAAGUAAUAAGAACUGUUAGAGAAGUUGAUUACAAGCUUAAUAAUCGUUCAUUGAGAUGUUAGUGUACAGCUAAUCUUUGUUAUUCAUAUCGGCAUCUGCUCAUUUUCUUGGCUUUUAUCUUUGUCAGUGAGAUUGGCAUUAGCUCUCUAAUUUUUCAUUGUUGAAAUAUUAGACAUAAAUUUUUGGUACCCAUGUAGUUAAUUCUCUGUGAUAUUUAGGCAAGGGAGCUAAGUUUUUUGUUUCAUCUUCUAAAUUUUGUGAAUAUUUUAUUUCCAUUAUAGGGUAGUAGCUUAAUAUUUUGUUUGCUUUGCCAGAUGUUUUGCCUUUAUUUGCCAUUAACUAGUCAAAAUAUAAUUGCAGUUUUUUUUUUUUAUUUAAAGCAUGCAGUACAUUCCAUGUUUCAUUUGGGUGUAAUGUUGAUGCAUUUCUUUUAAAAUUGGCCUCAGCGUUUAUUCUUAUAUUGUUGCCAGAGUAAGCACAGUGAAUAAUAUAUUCUGGUAGAAAUGUGUCAAAAGUAGUAGUAGUAUUCUUUAUUUAGUGGGAAUGUUCUCUUUUAAAGGUUUAUGUCUGGCUGGUUAGGACUGUAUACAAAGAUUGUGAAAGUACUCAAGAGGCUUUUUUUUUUUUUAUUUGAUGCCUUUCAAAAUGCUCAAGGUGUAUUAUCUCUUGAUCUCUGUAUAAUUUACUAAAUUUGGCAGCAGUUGCUAAAGAUUUACAGCAUGAGUGAAAUUUGUUUAGAAAUUUCUCUGGUAUAUGACAGCGUUGUUUAAAGUACAAAUGAGAGAGAGAAUGUAUGCGUGAUUUACCUUACAAAUUGGCAAUGCAGAUGUCACUUUGAAAAUUAUAGCUCUUUGCUUAAAUUUUAUUUUUGAGGUUUUGUAAUGAAAAAUUAAGGCUGUACUGCAUACCUGAAAUUUGUAGCUUGCAUUAUUUUAUUGUAUACUGUAUUGUAAUUCAGGUACUAAAAUUUUGUUCAGAAUUUGUGAUUGGUGUUAUUGUAUCAUUAUGAAUUUACCUUUCCCUAAUGAAAAUUAGAUUUCUGAAACUUGACAUGUGUUCAGUUGUUAAUGAGGAAUUUAAACAUACUUUCAGUGCAGUGUAUUGUGUGAUUUAUAUUAACUGUCUGAGUACUAUUUAGCAUAUAUUUAAAUUUUAAGGUUUACAAGAAAAAUUCAUUUAUAUUGUAUAAAAUUAAGCAGUGUUGAAGUAUAAUCCUUUGGGGUUCUGCAUGAGAAUAUGAUCAAAUUCUCUAGUCAUAAUAUAAUUUUAACAUGACUUUGGAUAAUAUUUUAAAUAAUGAAUUUCACUCGUCUGCACUUGACUGUUAUCCCUGAAAGUACUUCCAUCUCCUCUCGUGUAUAACUGGAAAAUAUAGUACAGAAAAGGGUAAAUAUUUUUGUAGUUCUUGUAGAGUAUGGUAAAUAUAUGUUGAUUUUUG